UCUAAAUUAAAAUGUCAGGGAAAUCAAGAGAUUACUUUGGCACUCUUAAAUCAGUAAUUUUUUCUAUAAAAAUUAGGCUGGAAGAACUGUUCUUAAGGAAGAAAGUGCUGGUGACUGUAUAUAACCAGUUUAAAAUUAAGUAAAUAUAGUCAGUUACGUAGGUCCCUGAAACACCUCCUCAUAUAAAGAAAUAUCGUAAAUCUUAUAAGCAUUAACAUGGUUGUGCUAUUGUAAUUUUAAUAAUUAAAUUUAGUUACAUCCAGGACUUGUAGAUGCUCCAAAACCAUAAGGUAAUUGGCUUUAUGGAAAAAAGACUGAUCCUUCUGAUAAAGCUGGAGAUUUAUUUAAAUAAUAGCCUGAAGGAAUUAAAGAAUUAAUCAAUGAAAUAAAUGAAUAAAAAUAUGCUUCACAUAUUAAAGAGCCAUUAGGUACUAUGCCAACAAGAAAUUAUAAUUGGCCAGAAGAAUCUAAAUCAGAUGGAUUUGCUUUUGGUUAGAAAAUACCUCCUUCUGAAUUUACAGCGAAAGAAGUUGUAUUUCCUCCUGAUGCUAAAAGAGAUGAUGAAAGUGUUAGAUUAAUGUAUUUGAAAAGUCAUGGUAAUUUUGAAGCAGGAGAAUAAAAAAAUAGAGAAUAUAACUGGAAUGUUAAUCCAAAUGAAUUCAGAUUUGGUAAAAAAGACGAAAGAGAAUAACAAUAAAUGAAAAAAAUAUUGCAACAUGAAUUAACACAAAAUUAAUAUCCUAAAACAACUAUUAUAUCUAAAAAUUAAGAAGAUUGGAAGAAUUAUAAUGAAGAUCCUUUAGGUAAACCUAAAAAUUAAGCUUAAAUUAAUUCAAGAAUGCCAACUAUUUUUGGAGAAAUGAAAAAAGAUGAAUAAUGGACUGCUGGAUAAUGCAUAAAUGGUUAACCUACAUAAAAAGAAGUUUAACCAGAUAUUGAUUUGGGUAAAGCAACAAAGUUUGGUUUUAGAAAUUAACCUAAACCAGGAGAUGAAACUAGAACAUUUGGUGUUCCUACUAUUAGAAAUGAUAUUCUUAAAACAGGAAUGAAAUCUGUUGCAGAUCCUUAAAAUUAUGGUGAUGAAGUUCCUGCCGUUGCAUUAUUGUUUCCAGAAAAAUUCUCACAUAUGGGAUUAACUGAAUAAGAUUUCUUAAUGUUAAGAAAUAAAAAAGAUAUUAAAUAAAUAUUUGAAUCUAUUGGAAUCAAAUAUGGAAUUGGUAAAUUUGAAGGUGUUUUCAAAAGAGCAAAAGAAAUUGUAAUCAAUAAAUUUUAUUUUUUUAGUAAAAUACAUUUGAUGAUAAAGUAUCAGUUAAAGCAUUUUAAUUGGCUGUGUAAGAAAUGCAUCAUAUUGAUUGA